GAUCAAACGAUCUUCCUUGAGGCCUUUGUGUUCCUCUUUGCUGCUCAGUAGCAUGCAGCAAUUUCUCAUCCCAACCAUACUGAAUUACUUUUCCCAGCCCUGCUAGUUAGUCAAUUAAAAUAUCUUACUUCUGCCUAUAAGCCUUUCUUGACAAUGACACUCUUUGGUGGCUUGCAUAGCUGUCUGAAAUCCAAGAGACACAGCCAUGAUCCCCCUGCCGUGUGCUAUUCUGAUGAAGUGCGUGCUGCUAGAUGACUGGAAAUGCCUCAUCUGCUGUCCUUUGGAGAUGUGUUCAACUAUUCCCCUGGUUUAUAUAGCCUCAAAGAAAUUUGCUUUCAUGGCAGAACAUGGUUAUUCAUUCUGUUUUAACUGUGCAUAGAGCUAUAAAUAAUGUCUCCUUGCAGAUAAUCUACUGAUUUUUUUUCUACCUUUGGAAAAUUUUCUUCUGACCCCAGCUCCUGAAGGAGACUUUCCCAGCUUUAGCAGUGAAGUUACCAGGUUGACUCUUUCCUGCCAGGCAGCCAUGAACAGUGUCAAUCCCAGGUCAGCUGCUACGUCCAUGCAGCCACCCCUUUUUUGUUCCCGCUUGAGCUGUGGCAAAGAUGAGAAAAGCAGUCAUGAUGUACAGCUGAGAUCACUGAAGUGACAGGAAAACUGAUUGAACCAAUGAUUUCCUCUUCCUCUGACCAGCUGCAGGAUAACAUCUCCUGCAUUACCCCCAGACCAACCUCCCUGCAGUAUGUUCACUUCAAAGAGCAAUAGCCUGAGCCAAUGUCCUGCUGUUUAAUGCCUCCUUUUUCUGCUGCUUAUUCUAGCAUUUUCCUGCUUUCACGUGAGUAACUCUUGCCCUAUACAACGGAGCCCUGACCCAAUGUCCUUAUCAUCCACAAACUGCCCAGAGCUGGAGCACAGCAUGAGCUGGUGAGGUGAGAAGUGAAGGUAUGUCCUCAGAGCCGAUGCUGCUGAGACCCGCAUCUGGCCCAGGCUGCAGCACAGCAGUAAAGUGGCUGCUAUUUUGGUGGCUGAUUUUCUGUGGUGCAGAUAACUUUGCUGUAGGUUUGAAUGCUGAUGUUCUUCUGGGGAAGCAUUGUGAUGGCAGGGGGACUGGGCUGUUGCAGAGUGGAGAUACUUGGAAAUCAUUGAGAGCUAAUAACGUUCUCAAAUGUGAAUAAUUUAGUGUGUUGGGGGUUUUUUUAACAAUGAUUACAAUCUACUCUUUUUGUUGUACAUGUUACUGGUCACCCCCUGUAAAAAUGUGCUGGGAGCUCUUUGUACCACUUACCUGUGGCCCUUUAGCAAAGGUUGUAGGAAAACUCUGAGGCUGUUCUCCUGGGUCAUCAAGAAGUAUUAUGUUCCUUCAUUAGUAAAAAAUAUCCAUAAGAGAGAACAUUAUGUACGUACCAUAUAUAUAAAAUAAUUCAGGUUGGAAGAGCUCUCUAGAGGUCUCUAGACCAACCCCUGCUCAAGGCAAGGUCAAAGUCAAAGUCAGCUCAGGGUCCUCAAGGCCUUCCUUGUUUAGCUAGGUUUUCAAUAUCACUGAGGAAAGACGUGCAUGACCUCUCUGGUUCCUGUGCCACUGCUUGAUCACCCUCAUGGCAAAGAAUAAUUCCUCAUGUUUGGUCACAAUUUAAUCCUUUUGCUAUGCAGCUGUGAGAAGGUUCUGUCUCUGUCUUCUCUACAGCCCCAUCAGGGAGCUGCAGAUAGCAAUGUAGCCAUCUCUUCUCCAGGCCCAGCUCCUUCAGCUUACCCCUAUGCCCUGUGUUCCAGCCCCUGACCAGCCUGGUGGCCUCUACUGUACUCGUUCCCACGUGUUGACAUGUGUCCUUGCAGUGGGACCAAGUACAGUGAAUUCAUUGCAUAAAUAAUGUGAAACCAUGUUAGCCUUCACCUGCAGGGUACAAAGUUCUGCACAUGGUUUUAUUAGUUCAGGAAAACGUUCACUGGCAUUACCUGAAGCAAGUUCUAUUUAAUAAGCUCAUGAAAACAUGGAUAUGUAUUCAUAUUGAUAUGUUUUAGUUGUAUCAGUGACUUUGAACUAAGCAAUAAAGAAAACUGCCUUUGGGCACUAGGUGAGAGGCAGAUCUUCUAUUUGUUCUAUAUCAGUUUCUCCAGGCGUGUGGCUCAGUACAAAUAGUCAUCGGCCACACUGUGGCCAAGAGAAAGACAAAGAUGGAAACUGCAGACUGAAUUUUAUUUAGCAGGGAUUUUGGAGUGAUUAGAGGCAAUUUCACGAUAGAGCUACAACUAAUUAUUGUUAUUUCCCACUUUUACAACAGCUAUUUGUUAAUUAAAUAAUGUGACAAAACCCAGGAAUGUUUGGAAGAGUGUAUUAAAUAAUUUGUCGGUCACUUAUCAGUGUAUUACUUACACUGAGAAGACAUGUAUCUGCUAAGAAAAUUCCCUAACAUCAGUUUUGAUUCUUCCAGAUAAUGUGAAAUAGAUACUGGCAAAAACUGUCAUGGGAAAUGUAAAACAAGGAACUCCUUGGGUAAGCAAGAGAGGAUGUUAUAUGAUGGCCAAAUUCCUCUCUAGUGUCCACCACACAACUCUGGUGUUCAGGACCAUAACAUAUGGUACCCUGAGACGUGGCACUGCCUUUGCUUACUUGCAGAUCUCUGCCCUCGUGCCGGCUUCUGUACACAUGAGGAUUUUCCUUUAGCCAAAUGGUCAUUAGCUUUAUGCUGCAGCUGACUUUGAGGAUUAGAAGACCAUAAUGAAGUGGAUUACAGUACGAGAUCAGUGGCAGGAUUGCAGACCAAAUCCUCUUUCUAGCUGUUCUUCCGGGAGUAGCUAAGAACUGAGCAACCUGUCCUACAGCAUGAGCUUAGCCAGCUGUGGGAUUUUUCCAUGCUGUUAUCAGAGGCAGGAUAAUGUGGAGCUGUAACCUCAGGUGAGGAGGCUGUGGAUGUUCGUUGGCUGCAGGCUGUGCGUGAGUCUGAAACCUGGUGAUUUCUGGGUGUCAUUUUUGCAGCUUCCUAGAGAGGGUACCUGAGUGGCUCAGGGGAGACUGGUGUUCCCCAGUCAGCACUUAAUUGUCAUAGACUUGAGGGUCCCUAGUGUGUAGGUGAGAGAAUGACGGAAUGGAUCUGCUGAACAUCAUGUGGGUGUUGUGGUGGUUGGAGGGAAUCUGGGUUGCUCGAGGCCAGUAAGUGCCAGACCCAGUGCUGAAGCUGGCAGAUGCAGUGGAAUUCUUUCUCUGGUGUAUACAGGUAACACACACCAGCCUUUGGCAAGAAGGUGCUUUCCACCCAUCAGGAGAGGUCAGUCCUGCCUAGAGGACAGCACCAUCCGGGCAGGGAGCAGUCUGGAGCAGCAGCAUGCAGGCACCAGGCAGGAGGUAACCUGUCAAAAGCUGCCUGGAAAGGCUGGCAAGGAUAAGUCACAGAGGUCUCACUGCUGGCUGGAGAAAGCAGUUGCAAAGUUCAUGUUUGACCCAGAAAGAUGUACCUCGCUCUAACUGUGCAGAGGCUAUAUGUCUGAAUUGAUGAAGGCAACAAGCAUGGCAUGUGACAGCAGCCUCAGUGUGCUCCUAUACAUGCUCACAGAAAAGUAUUUGCCUUCGAGAGACACCAUCCACGAGGCACAUUAGGUCAAUAUGUCUUGAAGAUGUACCAGAUCUGUCCAAAAUAUUCAUUCAUGCUCUGUGUAAUUUAUAGAAACAAACCCAGCAGCAUAAUUAUUUUAAUCAUUCUCCUUGUGAAGAAACCCAUCUCUUUUAGGUAAAAAUGUAACCUAUAUAUCCAUGCAGCCAUGCUGCAGCCUUCGUAACAUGUCAGUGCCCAGGUUAGGUGAUUCCAUGCACUAUACAAUUUAUAAUUUAAGGAUCAAAGUAUACCUGUUAGACCACUGUGAUGUAUUAGACACCAACUCAAUUGCUUGGAUUAACUUUCAAUGGUUUCAGCUGAAUUUCAUUCGAUUGAUGGGUGGUGCCUUGUUUGUUCAAGGGAGCACCUGUAAAACAUCUUUUGCUCUGCAGCUGCCAUGGUGCUGAAGUCAAUCCUGAGCAGAACGCUUAGCUCCCAUGACCAAAUGAACCCAGGUAUGCUUGCCAUUUCAGACCUGUGAAAGGGAUCGUGGUGAGAAACUUACAUUAAAGGCAGAACCCACUCCUGCAAAAUUACACCUACUAAAACAGGAGAGGUCCAGACCUCCUCCUGGGAAGGAGCAAUUUGGAGGUAGCUUAAAGGCUGGAGGUGUAAGACAGACAGGAAAAUUGGGACAGGCUUUAUGUUUUAAGUGUCAUUUUCUAAAAUAUCUGUAGGGCAAAAGGACCUACUGUACUUUCAACCAUAGUUGGUGCUAUGUAAAUAGGUUCCAAAACCUUCAGUGUCUUUUGUUCUUAAGAUGGCUUAGUGGAACACUUUGAAUUGGUCAGUGUGUUUAACUGUGACUAGGUCUGUAAAUAAGUGCUCCCUGCUGAUGAGGUUCAAGUGACAUUUUUAGUGGUAUUUGACAGAAUUUAACCUGCUUUCAAGUCUUCUACUGAGUGCUUCUAUAUCCAGGCAGUGAAACUGUCAAGAAGCCCUUUCUUUUAUCAAACUAAUGCUUAAAUACCAUUACCUUCACAGGUUAGACACAGUCCUGCCAGACUCACCUGGCAAAGCUUGACCAGUUCUGCUGAUGGCAACGCCACACCUGACCCAUGUUUAUACCUAGUGGUGAAUACCUGGGAAUGCGGAAAAAACCCCACCCAAACCCAGAAAGGAAAGCAGAGACUCUUAGCCAGAUCUGCAAACAGGGUAGUACUGCAUGCUCUGCCUAAGCUGGUCCCUGAUAGGAGAUGUUGCUCUGCGGAGAUUAAUAAAGGAUCUGCUUUUUACUGCCCUCAAUAUUUUGUGCUCCUUACAUUUCUAUGAGAAUCCUUAAGAGGUUUCUUUUGUGUCUAAAAGGCUGUUUGUUUGGUUUUGACCACUGAUAACUUGUGACACUUGUCUCAAGCUAUUAACCAGAUGUCCAGCCAAAAUCAAUUGCUUUGCAGACACAGACCAUUACCUGAAAGUCAAGACCUCAAUAAAUAUUACCAGCUUCAUUGUACCAGUGACAGAUUCUGCUGGUUGUUUUACGUUACAGUUGAACAGUUUAGACACUGCAUUUGUAUAUAUUUGUAGUCAGCCUUGGAGAGACCAUCUUAUGAGCAGAGCAGGAGCAGGCAGCCUGCAGACUUCCACCAUGAUCAUGGCAGGCGUUUUCAUGCUCUUCUCCUUUGUGCUUUGCUGCUUCCCAGAUGCUGCCUUUGGGGUUGAGGUGGACUGCAGUUCGUAUUCCAAAACUACAAAUGAGGAAGGCAAAGAGGCGUUGGUCUGCACCAAGAUCCUCAGCCCCAUCUGUGGUACCGAUGGAGUCACCUACAGUAAUGAGUGCCUGCUCUGUGCCUACAACAUAGAAUAUGGAACCAAUAUUACCAAAGACCACGAUGGAGAAUGCAAGGAAGUUGUCCCUGAGGACUGCAGUAGAUAUCCCAACACGAAAAAUGAGGACGGCAAAGUGGUGUUGCUCUGCGACAAAGACCUCAGCCCUGUCUGUGGUACCAACGGGGUCACCUACGACAAUGAGUGCCUGCUGUGUGCCCGUAACCUAGAGCCUGGAACCAGUGUUGGCAAGAAGUAUGAUGGUGAAUGUAAGAAGGAAAUUGCUACAGUUGACUGCAGUGACUACCCUAAACCUGUCUGCUCGCUUGAGUACAUGCCUCUCUGUGGCUCUGACAGCAAAACAUACAGCAAUAAGUGUAACUUCUGCAAUGCAGUCGUGGACAGCAACGGGACUCUCACUUUAAGCCAUUUUGGAAAAUGCUGAGUAUUGGUGCUGAGAGAAUUCACCACAGGAUCCCCACUGGCAAACCCCAGCUAAAGAUCUCACCUCAGUUCAUCUCACCCUCUGGGGAACUCAGCUCACUCCUGAUUUUCUUUCUCAAUAAACUAAAUCAGCAACA